AUGGAAAGCCUCGCGACGAUCACAGCAGCGGAAUCAGCAGCACCAGCAGCAGCAGCCGCCGCCGCAGCAGCAGCAGCAGCAGCGCGCGGCGGGCCCGAUAACUCCCUCUUCCGCUACCGCGGCGUGCGGCAGCGCACGUGGGGGACGUGGGUGGCGGAGAUCCGCGAGCCGCGGCGCAAGGUGCGCCUAUGGCUUGGCUCCUUCGUGUCCGCGGAGCAAGCUGCGCGUGCGUACGACCGCGCUGCGCGGAAGCUGUACGGAGCGGAGGCCGUGCUCAACUUCCCCGCUACCCCGGCGCCUGCGCCUGCGCCGAACGGAAGUUCACGUUCCCCCUCCGCCAACGCCGAGAAACUUAAAUCGUCUGUCCCGAGCGCCGCCGCGAGUGGCGGAAGUCGAAUUGAUCCCGUCGCGGUGUCACCGGUGGCUCUUGCGACUCACUCUCGAGCAAAGCCAAUCGCCGUCCCCGAUACAAGCACAUCGUGGAGCUAUCACCUCCGCAACGGCCUCCGCGACAGCGGCGGCGUUAACAGCUUCCCGAGCCUGCUGCCAGCUCUUCAGGCGCUUACGGCGAAGCUCCCUGAAACAAUUCCGGCAGCCUCUGCAUGGGCGAGUCAGAGGACACGAGUGACUGAGGUGCUGGGAGCGAUGCAGACGCUGCCGCCGUUCAGUCUGCCUGCGGCUGCUUCGCUGCAGAAGCCCCAGCGCUGUCAGCCGCCUGCCAUCCCUGUUGCUCCAUCACCGAUGCAGCCGUCGGCAUCAAACCCAUCAGCACCGCACUCGACUGCAUCGCACCCGUCAACACCACAAUUGUCAGCAGCUUACCCACAGGUGAGCUCGCUCCCAACGUUGAGCAACCCCCAGCAGAUUCUCCUGGAGCAUUACAUGAAGCUCUCCAAGCUCCAUGUGGCAGUGCAGGGUUGUGACUCUGCAGCUACCCCUGCCACGUCACCAGGCACAGUCCAGGUGAAUAUAGAAGGGUCAUCAGACAUUGCAAUGGCACCUGAAGGUGAAUCCCUGGGCGUUCAGGCAGGAGGGAUCGAAGCAGCAUCGGAGGGGAUGCAUGGGGUGAGUGAGCAGAGCUGCAUGAGCCCAGGGAAACGGGGGCGAUGCGAGGAAGACCGUGGUGGAGAUGGGUCCGAUGCGUUGCAGGGUGAUGUAAAUGGUGGUGAGAAACGCGCGUGCCUGCGGGGAAAUGGAAGCGAGGCAAACAAGAACGAGGGUUCAGAAGGGUUGGACGGGGGCAGCAGCAGCAGCAAGGUUCUUGAAGCGGGGGAGAGUAGUGGAGAGAUGAGUCCUGAAAGCAAUAGCUCCUUGGGAGAAUGUGGGGCUGAGCUUGUCUCUAUGGGUUCCGAUGAUGCGGAUUUUCAGCUGGAGGGAGAUGUGUGGGGAAUGGAGGGGCUGGAAAUGCUGCUUCCUGGACUUGGCUUAGCGAAGCAGAAGGCUGAGACGACGAAGAAGACUAAUAGAGCUGCUCUUGUUGCUGGGAAUUUGGACGACCGCUGA